AUGAGCGCCCCCGCGGAUGACAUCCCCCCCAACAUGACCAUCUACAUCAAUAACCUCAACGAGAAGAUCAAGCUCGACGGUGCGAAGCCUCUCUCACGCCUAUUUAUAGGGACGUGGUUCAUUUUGCUGUUUUGGGGAAGAUGAUGAACAAAGCGGUCAUAAAGUAGAAGCUACUGUCUCUGUCACCGUAAACCCCGGCUCUAGGGUUUAUUGCCACCUGUCCGGAGCGGACAUCAUUCCUUGAUGCAUUUGUGUUUUGGUAUGGAUAUUUGACGUGCAUUGCCGACUCACGUUCUUUGCACGCACAUGAAAUUCCUGCCCUUACCUGUAUAUGCAUAAUUACACAACUUCCUGCGCUUUGACGUCGCAUUGCUUGGGAAAUACGAGGGGUGGCAUUUUCAUGAUGGAAGAAAAUGUGUCAACUUAGAUUAUUAUGUUAAAGUUUCCGGAAGAUUUAGAAGAUUUAGUUUGAUCAUGUUUAAGUUCCGAAGUCGAUGCUUACCCGAUAAUUGUAUGGUAUUUAAAGUUCAUGCUUUAAAGUUCAUGCAUUUUAUUGAGUUUUUUGGCUUAUGGGUAUUAAGAUGUUUUUGGACGAUAGAGUGCUAAUUUAUUCUUUUUUGUCGUCUCCUUUUCCUUUUCAUGCAUGCUAGAAUAUGAUCUCGUUAUUUGCAGUUCGAUCAAACAGUUUGUGGGGAAAAAAAAUGAGAUGGCAUACUUGGUUCAUCCAAUGAGAUUUAUGGAUUAAAGGAUUUGAUGUUUAUGCGGCUUGCUCUGUGAUAUCUCUUUUUUACAUCAUUCUUUUCUAUGUGAUGGGUCUGUACAUGAUUUCCUUAACCAUCAAAUCUAAAUCUUGUAGUUGGCGUUGGAUUGACCACCUGAAGGAGGCAUUGUUCUCUUGAAUUUCAGAUUUUGUAGAUUCGAUUAGAUGCAAAAUGACCUAGUUUUGAUCUUGAAAGCCAUUUAAUUUAAGUCCUCAACUCAACGGAAGAAGUAAAAUACGAAAGAUUACACUCCGAUUUUGCCAGAAAAAAACUGAUCGACUGAGAAGUUGUUACAGGCCCGUAGCAUCUUAUAAUCUUACCUGUCUCAUUUGUGCGUAUUGUUUUGUUGAAUUUUUACAUGUUGCAACAAGUUUCUGUAUUCUAUCAAUAAGUAUUUUCAAGGAAUCUGAUUCCAUCUAUGAAAGUUGCAUGGUAUUUAAACAAAUUGUUUGAAGGAAUCAUGGACGCUGGGUCUAGAAAGUAUUAUGCCUACUCAUGUAUAGUUCCAAUGAUGCUUAUAAAACCAUAACUCGAUGUUAACCGGUAUUGGGAAUUAAUAGGUGUUGUGUUAUAAGUUUCACCGCUUAUUUUUAAUAUUUUGAACUCAACAAACCUGAGGCGUAACAAGAAAAAAUCUACAAACAUAAUAGUGACUUGUCAAAACAAUGUCGGAAUUCUCUUAUGGAAGUCUGGAGCCAACUGCGUUCAUGGAGGAUGUGGUUUAAUCGGUCAUUGUAUAAAAUGUACAAGAGUAUCCAUGCAUUCGCAGAUGUAUAUGCAUAAUGUAUGUGUAAUAUCUGUGUAUGAUAUUUGUGUAUGUACACACGGACGCAUGUUUGUGUCUUAAUUUAAAACAUUUACUUUGUCUGACCUCUGUACUUGUGGUCGCACGUGAUAAUAUAUCUAUCAACUAAAGAUCAUUUUCUUAUAUAUUUUGUAGGAUCGGUCUUUUUAGAUCUUAUUCCUGCAUGAAUUCGGAACUAUUUUGCACAAAGUGCCUUUAGGGAUUUCCGUUUUCCUGCGAUAAUUGAAAUCGAGCCACUCUUUGACCCAUUAAAUGCUUUGUAGCUGGUCCAUGUGCCUAUUGACUCAUUCCUGCAAUGUUAAUAUUACCUAUUGAGGCUAUGCGUUCUUUAAAAAAUUGCCUUGGUUUACUAAGAUUUUGAUAUUGUGAACCAUGAUAAGGAAUUGCCUUUAACUUUUCGGUCAUGAUAAUUCGGGAUGAGUUUUCUGGACUGGAUUAGGGAGGUUUGCUCAAAUGAGAGAACCUUUGCCUUUUUGUUUGAGAACGCCUGGAAUAGAAAAUAAUCAUCAUUUAUUAUUGUUAAUCGAAACAUAAUAUGAAGACUAUCGUUUGUCAACGUUCUUUAGUUCUUUAUUUAAUUAUUUAUUUUAUUUUGGUUGGAAAUUUCCCAUCAUUCUUUGCUAUUUUUUUGACUAAUCUAUCUGCAUUGUUUGACUAGAGCUCAAGAAAUCCUUGCAUGCCGUUUUUUCUCAGUUCGGAAAGAUAUUGGAAGUCCUUGCUUUCAAGACAUUAAAGCAUAAGGGACAAGCCUGGGUUGUCUUUGAAGAUGUGUCGUCAGCAUCUGAAGCACUGAAGCGAAUGCAAGGAUUCCCAUUCUACGACAAGCCAAUGGUGAGUAUGCAAUAUUUUUUCGUCGUUAAUUUUCUAGUCAUUCGGUUCAUGCUAAUAUGGACGAAGUGUUUCAUGCUACUGGCAUUCACAUGCUCUUCUUUGUUUAAAUGAUCUCAUGAAUAGUUCAGAUUUUUCAAUAGCUUUUGUAAGCUAUCAUUGAAAUCAUGAGGCUAUUCUCCUCUUAGGAACCUUGCUAUGAAUGAGCUCCGCAGAAUUCCGUAGUGUUAACAUGGGUCUGUAACUCUGACAUCCAUUUAAGAUAGGUGGACCUCCGGGAAAGCUUGUAAGAUUUUUCACAGAAAUAUCCAGUAAUCCUCCCUUGUCGGUGUAAGGAAAACUCUUCAAAUAUUAACUGCAGAGUUCCUGGCCGUGUGCCAUCUCCCGCCAAAUCGUCCGAAUCAAAAUACAAAUCGUUCGAAUCGUCGAAAACUUUUUCCAACGCUACUUCAGAAUCAGACAUUGAGGCUGUGAAGAGUAAAGGAAGAGUUCAAGCAGAGGUCUAUUCGUGUACUAUCUCACCUGAUGGAAGCACGACCAUCGUUCUACCUGAAGAAAUUGACUUUGGCAAGUGUCCAUGGUUCCUUGACAUAGUAUCAGUAAAUGUUUCAAUAUCCCCCCCUAUGAUUAUAUUUUUCCUCGACUACUGCCAAGGAUAAAUCCUUGGCAUCAAUCAAGGGGCGUCAUCCGUCAAGUUUCUGAUUCCCUUUGCUUGCCAAGGUAUUCUUCUCCAGAUUUUACCCACCCUAGAAGUAGACGAUAUACUUUUUGCUAGAUAAUUUCCAAUAUCAUGCUACUGUAAUAUGGGUUUUCGGACCUGAGUUAUGAUAAGACGUAGGCUAGGCAGAGAAUAGAUCAAUUUUCUCUGCUGGUUGAAGUCAUUACUUUCCUAUAAUACAUUCAGUGAGAAGGGAUGCGCAAAUUUGGUAAUUUCAAUUAAAUUGAACUAACAAGUAGAUAUGACCAAUAUGGCAAAAAUUACGCCAAUAACAAGACUUUAGUUCACUUACUGAGUGGAUAAACGAAUAAGAGAUGCCACGGAAGUCAUUUUACUGAAAUUUCAAUAACUUAUUACUUAAUAAGAAUGUGUCAUCCUAUGCAUAGCCCCCCCACCACCCCAAACAAAAAGAAUGGUUGCUGUAGAAAUGUAUUUUCCUAUUACAUAACCCGCCAUAGUACAGUUAUCGACCUUCAUUCAUCAUAUCUAGAAGACCUUUGAGGCAGCUUGCAUAAACAUCGUGUUGUGAACAUUUGUGCUUUGCUGCGGUUUAUGUUGUUAUCACUUGUAGAAAAUUAAUUUUUUAAAUGAUAUGGAGCAGAUAGCUUCCCCUGGAAAAAAGAAAGUUCAUAAAAUCUCGGCAGCCUGCUGGUUAUUGAACAUUGAUGCCCAAAGCAAAAUCUGUAUUCUGUCAUCCAUAGGUGGGAAAAAUUUUAAAGCUCCUGCAUGGAAUUGCAAUUGCUUCAUCAUGAAUGGGUCAACCUUUCAUCCAUUUGGUAUCUGUCCUUCAAUCAAAAUUCUAUCAACAAUUGAAGCACGAACCACAUAUAUCAAUGUUUGGAUUGUCUGGAGAUUCUUUUCUUCGGCAUUCAACAGCCAUUUAUCAUAACCUGAAGUAGGGUACUGUUUAUUUUCAUUGUAUCUCCUCGACACAGUUUUUGAAUCUAGUCUGCUGAUUCUCGUUUCUUCUUUCGGAUGCCUCUUGAUUCAGAUGAUUCCCCACUCAUGAAUAGGUUUCCCAUUUUCUUUAUCAGACAUCAGUAUUAAUUCAAAUGUGGCAGCAGAUAAUUCCAUCUCAAUUUUCGGGUUGUGUUUUAUGAAUUGAGGAUUUCAUUAAGGUGGUUUCGUUGAUUUCAAACUUGAAUGGCCUUUAUGAUGCAGAGGAUAAAAUAUGCUAAGACUAAGUCUGAUAUAAUAGCAAAGGCUGAUGGCACAUUUGUUCCACGAGAAAGGCGGAAGAGGCAAGAUGAAAGAGGUGAGUUCUGUCCAGUUGAAUCUCAAGAUAUAUUUGCAUAUUGUUCCCUUCAUCAAUUUUCUUUCCUCUCUUAUUUGUGUUUGAGAAACAAAUGCAAUGAAUAAAUGUACGAACCUAGUUUUACUUUGACGUAAUUUUCUUAGUGCACAGUUUGCUAUAGAAUAUACAUUCCGUUGAGGUAACCAGAUUGAGGAUUGGAGGGUCGACUAGGGAUCUGAACCUGUUUCACCUGAUAUGUGAUAAAUAUUUUAAUUCAAUUAUUUGUGGUACACGAUAGAGCGGUAGAACUUUCACUGCGUUUUAAUUCGUUCGAAUUAAAUAUCGCAUGAAGCCAACAAUUAAUCUUGAUCACAUAACCGUCAUAUUUGUUGUUAGGGUGAUGAACAUAUUGGAGUUGCUGCAGGAAUUUCUUUGCUAAGAGGCUUCUAAAUUUUCUCACAGAUUUCAAAGUGGAUAAGAAUGUGAAUAGAUUUGGAUCCGCCUUUUUUAGAUUCAGUGUUCUCAUACAGUUGGGUCUUUGCAGGGGGGGGAUACUCACCAAAUAUCUUCCACGCAUCAAUGUUGAAACUUAUUUGUGUAGCUUAUCAGAAUAUAGAUUUAGGUAUAACUCGUCUUUAGUCCAAGUAAAAGUGGUAUUUCAUUAUUCAGAUUGAAUUAUGAUAAAAUCAAGUCUAUAUUUGCAUCACAUAGCCAUUUCCAGCAUUAAUUUUGGGUACGAUCUGAUUUCUAAAUUUGGAUUAAUUUCCUUUCUUUUUUUGGGUACCCAAUCUUUGGAUAGCUUUGGCCGUUAUAUUCUAGUUGUUUCCAAGGUAGAUGGCACUCUCAAAUUUGUUUUAUAGCAUACACCUGGACUACCUUUAGCUAUAAAUUUACUUUUGGGGAUACAGCCCUGCGGAGGCAAGCAGAAUUUGUGGAAGGAGCGGGAUUUUCUUUCAGGUGUAUUGAUUUGCCAUCUCAACAUAUCAUAUCAUUUUCUAGGAUCCAUGCAAACAAAUUACGCUGAUCUCAUCGCUGACAAUGACCCUAGAUUUCGCUUCAUGUUUUUUCUUUGCGAUUUCAUAUCCAAAUUCUUCAGAAUUUCUGCUCAUCAUUUGUAAACAGAACUUUAUACAAUUUUUGCGAAUUCGGGUACUUGAUAUCUUGAUCGUCAUACUUUUUAAAAGUUAUUUUGGUGGUAAGUGAUGCUAGCUUGCUUCUGAAUUCAGCUGAAAGAAAACGCCGGGAGCAACUGCACGAUGCUAACCAAGCUGGAGUGGGUAUGAACCCAGCAUACGCUGGAUAUGGCGCUGCGCCAUCGGUGAUGAUCCUCAAACUUCUUUCUCCUUUAUAUGACUUUGGGUGAUUGUUCCUUUUGAUGCGCUCGUGAACCAUGGCAGCGUAGGACGGUGCUCAAAACCCCCUUUAGAAGUAGUCUUAAUAAAUUAUUUCCAAAAAUGGCGAAUUUAGGUUCCUCUGGACCAUGUAUGCAUGACAACAACACAUCCAUCUUCACCUGCUAUCUCUCCCACAGCGGGAAAAAGAAAACGUCGACUAAAAUGAAAACCUGCUCCUUUAUUUUCUUCUUCCUGACCAAUCACAGACAUAAUUACUUAUGCUAUACAUGGCCUUGUCUUGUUUUCUGGGUCUCUCUCUCUCUCUCUCUCUCUCUCUCUCUCUCUCUCUCUCUCUUUGUGGAAGCCGCAUCAUAUCAAUUCGACUCUGACUGAUCAGCUAUACUCCACCGUUUUAUUUUAUAUAUGAACACAUAUACAGUUUCCUCUUAUGUGCCAUGCUGAUAUGUCCUCUCUACUUCCCCUGCCUGGUGGGCAUGGUGACGUAUUAGCUCUCUCAGUUGCCGUAUCCUGGCGGGCCCAAGUCAGCACUUCCGGAGGCGCCGGCGCCGCCGAACAACAUCCUCUUCGUCCAGAACCUCCCCCACGAGACGACCCCCAUGAUGCUGCAGAUGCUCUUCUGCCAGUACCCCGGCUUCAAGGAGGUGAGGAUGGUGGAGGCGAAGCCUGGGAUCGCCUUUGUGGAGUUUGGGGACGAGAUGCAGGCCACCGUCUCCAUGCAGAGCCUCCAGGCCUUCAAGAUUACCCCGCAGUUCCCAAUGCUGAUCACCUACGCCAAGAAAUAG